AUGUUGUGCACCACUGUUCCAAGCGGUACGGGAAAGCGUAGAAGCACCGCGUUAAAUCCGAAGAUAUCCCCCCUACCCAACGCGGCUAUGCUGGUGCGAAAAAAUCCAGGCAUAUAUCUUUCGUCGCUAUGGAGCUCUCGACCGCCGCUGCUGCUGCUGCUGUUAAUUUUUCUCCCGAGGAUUCCAAACGCAGAGAUGUGUCAAAGCCACACUCCACCAGUACCUACGAAGCCCCCCUCAGUUCUUUCGCAGACGCGUCACGUUAACUUAUAUCUCCUGUCGGACAACUCACACUGCAAAUUGUUUAAGGAUAUCGGAGAUCAGCAACUUUACAUGAAGGUUCUGACAAACGGAUUGAGAGCAACCUACAGCGGACUGCCGCACGAACUGGGACUCGUUCUGAGGCUCGUUGGCAUCUCCUGCCUAACUAAGCCUGAACAGGACAGGAUAUAUGAAACCAGCAUCGAUGCAGAUGGCAGGUUGGACGGGAACAGUGCUCUGUGGGGUUUAAAGAAAUUCGCAAUGCAAAACCAGACGCAGUUUGAAAAUGCUACGGUCAUCGUUAUGCUAACGUCGUACUACUUCCAGGAUCAGUCUCGAACAGGCUACUCUUUCUUUGCUGGAUUCUGCAGUAGAGAUAAAGUAAUACUCAUGAGUGAUCCACACGCAAUGUACCGCAUGCUAGACCAGCUGGCGGAGCACAUCUUAAGAAUGAUGGCCGUGAAUUUGGACGAGGAUAUGCUCGAGAAAUGCGUAAGAAAUAAUACUGUAUCGGACCAAUGCAGUUUGGAGGCGCUGAACGCUUCGCUUGCCCGCAUGCCCCAAGACUGCUUUCGACCAAGAGGACAGGAGGUUCCCCAAGUCACGAGCUUGCCGGGCGACGUCAUCGAUUUGUCGAAAUACUGCAAAGCAAUAUAUUUCUUCGAACCGGAGAUCGAACACUGUUUCCGACAAGAAGACUCUGGGGUGCACCGCUUCAAACCAGUGUACAACUGCGAGUUAACCUGCUGUAUCCGGAAGACCUUUCUAAGGGCCACAGUGUAUAAAACUACAUCGAUGCAAGGUCUUCGAUGCGGCGUUGAAAAUAAGUUUUGCGUCAACCGCGUUUGCUACAACCGUCAGGAUUGGAUCAAGGAGCAUCUUCCUUAUGGUUCCCUCGACAUCCAUCCGUACGUUCCGCCCAAGAGACCCUUUUAA